AAAGAACGCAAUAAUUUAAGCAGAAAAUAAUAAAGAAAAUAUAACUGAUCGGGGAGGAAGAUGGCGACUUCAUCUUCUUGGGCACAGGAUGUGAUCACGUGUGAUCUUUGUGACAACCCCACCCAGCAGUUCUGUAACAGCUGUCAGGUCAGUUUGUGUGGGGGUUGUAUUAAUAAACAUGUAGAAAGUCUGAAGUCUCAAACACAUGACAUUGUUCCUUUUAAAGACAGAAGAGAAAGGCUCGUAUUCUCCUCAUGUGCUUCUCAUCCCAACCAGAAAUGCGAGGGACAUUGUCAACAGUGUGAUGUCCCCGUCUGCUUCAGAUGUCUCACGGGUCCCCACAGGCCCCAUACCAUCAUAGAUAUGUCAGAAGUGGUACAACAGAUGAAAGAAGAAAUCAAGAAAGAAACAGAGGAAAUUGAGUCGUUUAUUUCAAGAUUCGCACUAAGUGGAGCGAAUAUUGAUCUAAAGAUAUCUAAAAUGACUGAAAAAUUUGAAACAAUGGAGAGAGAGGGAGAAAAUCUGAGAAAAUCCUGGCAUGAAGAAGUAGACAACAUUUUCGACACACUACAAUCAACAAUUAGGAAAAUGAAGGAUGGAAGACUCACAGCUCUCAGAUCACACCAGUCCAGGCUUCAUGAUUCGGGGACAAAAUUAGCAAGGAUAACAAAGGAAAACAAGAAAAUCCUAAAGUCCAAUAAAGUGUCUGAUGUUACAAGCUACAAAUCAGAACUUACGGAUUUCAGAGACAUUCCUACAGAUGUUGAUGUGAAGAUUCCUUCCCUAAAUAGCAACACAGUCCAGGGGAGAGAACUCAGCAUAGAAUUAGGAGAAUACAAGGCUACACUGACACAGACAUCUAUAUCCAGUCUGACAGAUGAAGUAUCCAUUUUAUCCGUGAGAAAACUAUUGGACAAAGCUAAAGUUAUUGCUACCAUUCCUUCUAGAAUAAAGUCAUUACGUCAUAUUAUCUGUACCAGAAACAAUGAAGCUUGGGCUUGUAGUGGAGAUAGAUUCAUAAGACGUAUUGACAUACGUGGUUCUAUAAAGGAGAAGAUCGCCACCAAGUGUAAACCCUCUCCAAAUGAAAUUUCAGUGACCAGGAAAGGAGAACUGAUAUACAGUGAUCAUGACAGCAGAACAGUGAACAUCGUCAGACAGGGGAAGAUAGAGACACUAAUCACUCUACCUCGGGGGUGGCAUCCUGAUGGACUGUGUUGUACCAGAUCAGGGGACAUACUAGUUAGUAUGUACACUACCGAUAAAAGUCAUUACAAAAUAGUCCGAUUUCAGGGACAAACAGCAAUACAAGAAAUAGAUAAAGAUGCCCGUGGACAAAAUAUAUUUGAAGGUGGGCAACCAGGGGUCUUGGUGGACGAGAAUAACAACGGAGACAUAUGCGCCUCUGAUUUUGAUACCAGUACAGUGAUAGUAAUGGACAAGACAGGAAGAGUUCGAUUCCGUUACGAUGGUACACCAACCAGGAGGAAGAAAUCAUUUGGUCCUGCGUACAUUAAGACAGAUUCAUUGAGUCAGAUUAUUUUAAUUGAUAUUAUUAAUGACUGUCUUCAUCUCUUAGAUGAGAAUGGACAGUUUUUAAGAUGCAUUAGCAAUUGUGGACUUCGGAAUCUUGGUGGACUGAGUGUGGACAGUGAGGGGAGGUUGUGGGUAGGGUGUUUUGAUUCAGGUGAUAUUAAAGUCAUCCAGUACAUGGAGUAAAGGAAUCACCCACUGUAAUAUGUGUAUAUAUCCAAAAAUGAUCUUUUAUACGAAUGUCGGCAGGCUAAUUACCAAAAGCUUUAAAUGUUUUAGCUGCAGAACUGUAGCUCUCCGAAAAAUAUAUUGACAGACCAGAGAGCUGCAGUGCCACCCAGUGAAAAAAAACUGUAUAUUUAAUGCGCACAAAAAGUGCGCUGUUUCUCGAUUUAUUUCUCCAUGUUUUUCAAACUGUCAUCUCAAAAUAAUACUAACAGUAUAUUCGUAACAUAUUUUUUCACUGUUUCUACAACAAAAAAUUUCUUAUAUAUUAUUGUUAUUAGCCCUCCUGGCCCUGAAAUUGAGAUCAUCGAAAAUUUCGUCUAUUUGUACUGCCAUUUUUGUUUGCAAGAUAAUUUGGUCUAACAUUCUUUGUUCAGAUGUCAUUUACGAGAGUACUAAAAUUAAUAUAACCAGAAGUCUCUGUCGAGACUGUAGCUCUACUGGUUUGUACUUAUAACAAAUGAUGAGAAAAGAAGCCAUUGCCACCAGACCAAAACUGUAGAAGGAGUAGCGUUUUAAAGGAAUUUCACAGACAUUUUUAUUUUUAGUAACAAUGGCAACACCGUUCAUCGAAAUCAAAAACCCAUGCACUAUUUUAUCUUAGUGUAGUAUACUUGUGUGCAAAGGUAUAUUGAAAUCAGACCAAAAUUGUAGGAGGAGUAGCUUUUUAAAGGAAUUUUUACAGAAAAUUCUAUUUUUAGUAACCAUGGCAACACUGUUCAUCGAAAUCAAAAACCGGUCUGUCAAUAUAUUUUUCGGAGAGCUACAGUUCUGCAGCUAUAAAUGUAUAAAAUCAAAUUUAAUUUAUGAACUAAGGAUUAAGAGCAAAGGUCUCGUUAUUAAACGAUAUUAAAUUAUACAAAGGAAAGUUUCCUCUCUACAAACUAUGCUAUGGUAAAAAAAAAUUGCAGA